AUGGAUGUCGACCGCGUGCCACCCGACGACGCGUGCUGUGCCGGUACGCGCAACCUGGCAAGCUGCUCGAGCGCGCGGGCCCGACGCUGCGCAGAGCCCGAUCCACCCCGGCGCCGCCGGUGCCAGGAACCCCCACGGGUGUCCGUGGAGAGCAACCCGAAGCCAAGGGCGCCGACGCAGUACUCGGAGCCGUGCACCGGGAACGCGCAGCACGAGUGGACCAUCCAGGCGAACGCGUACGCUCGGACGUACUUCUGCCUCACGUGCAAGGUUGAGGUCAAGGAGAAGAAGGACAAUGGCUACUGGACACCGGUGCGCGUCACGCUGAGGGAGCGUCGCGCGAACUCGGCGCGCCCCGAACCAUCGCCUCCGCACUACCCCUCCAUGCUUGUGGACACGACUGCUCAAGAGCGCACUUCCGAUGCCGGUUCGGUCGUCGCCUACGAGCAUGACACCGACAUCGACACCGACACUUCCGAUUUCGAGUCCGCCAUCGGGUCCCCACAGCGUACCCCUCGCUCCACCCACUCCUCUCUCGUCCCCGCCGCCUCGCACACUGGCCCCGCCUCCAACACGCGCCGCUCGUCCGCACGCACGUCCGGCGCCUCCGACGCACCCAGCUCCCUGCUCGGCCUGACUGGCCUCCGCCGCGUCUCCGACGGCCACGACGGCUCGAGCCCCGUCGCCCACGCGCAGCCCCGCCGAGUCUCUAGCGCGACCACCGCGACGCGACGCGUGUCGGGGGCCACCAGCUCCGCGCGCUCGUCCCACGUCCCCGCCGUCGCCGCGGGCCCGCCGCUCGUGUCGCGGUUCCCGAAGCCGGACCACCCGGUGGCGACGCCCGAGACGCGGUGCCGGGCGAGCGCGCGGCACGCGUGGAAGAACAAGUGGGCGAACGGGUCGGCGCGGCACUACGUGUGCACGGCGUGCCGCGACGUGGUCAAGGAGAAGAAGAAGGGGUGCCCGGAGGUGUGGGUGCCUUACUCGUGA